GCCGCUUACUGAGCCAAGCCAGCCUCCGAGCAUUUCGCCUCAGCAGCCUCCAGCUUGCCUGGGAAAGAAACCCGGGUGUGUUUCGGACGGGUGGCUGAAUUCAGGACUCCGCGAGGUGCGGGAGGGCUUGGUGUUCCGCCCCUCCGCCCGCGCAAUGGCGGGAGAGCGGCAACGAGAGGCGAAUGCCUUGUCCCAUCCUGCCCCCGGGGCUGUGAGUGCUUCUGAGGCGGCGAGCGAAGUGUGAAGGGAGCUCCCGCGCGCUGCCGCUGCUGCCACUGACUCCUCCUCCUCCUCCGCUGCCGCCUCGCGCGGCUCGCCUCUCUCAAUUAGCUGAGCUUUGGGGACUUGAGGGCAAAGCCGCCGCUGAGGUAAGAAGUUCAAGGCGGCUCCUCAGUCAGUCAGUUCGCGCCUCCCUCCUCCCGCGCAGCCACUUCAGCAGGCCAGGUCUUCCCCUCAGCCGCUUCCCGCCAGUCCCACGCUCGGCUUUUUUUGUUACCUCGCUCGCCUUUCUUUUCCCUCACACUCGCUCUGUCUCUCUUGUCUCUCCUCAACUUCGCUGUCCGCCGGACCCGAAGGCGACCCUGGAGACCAACCUUGCGCUGUCGCUUUUGCCCGCUCCCGCAGGGCUGGAGCCGGGGACUUGCGUGCCCAACCCGGACCCCGCGUCGCCGAAAGGGCUCGGCUCGGCCGCCUGGUGCCUUCAGACGGACCCGGGCAGGGGCCCGAGCGCUUGGAGCAAGUGCAGCGCCGGCCCCGGCGGCGCCGGCGGCGGCAGUAGCGGCGGCGGCGGCAGCGAGUGGUUCCCGGCGCCGAGGCGGAAAGUUUGCGGCGACGCCAUGGGCUCCGACGUGCGCGAUCUGAACGCGCUGCUGCCUCCGGCCGUGCCCUCCCUACCGGGCAACGGUAACUGCCCCAUGCCGGUGAGCGGCGCGGCGCAGUGGGCGCCUGUGCUGGACUUCCCGCCCGGAGCGUCGUACGGCUCGCUGGCGCCGCACUCGGCCUUCAUCAAGCAGGAGCCCAGCUGGAGCGCCACGGAGGCUCACGAGGAGCAGUGCCUGAGCGCCUUCACGGUGCACUUCUCCGGCCAGUUCACCGGCACCGCCGGAGCCUGCCGCUACGGCCCUUUCGCGCCCCCGCCGCCGCCGCCCAGCCAAGCGCCCGCCAGCCAGGCGAGGAUGUUCCCCAGCGGCCCUUACCUGCCCAACUGCCUGGAGAGCCAGCAAGCCAUCCGCAACCAAGGUUACGGCACGGUGGCGUUUGAUGGAACUCCAAGUUAUGGCCACACCCCCUCUCACCACGCCGCGCAGUUUACAAACCACUCCUUCAAGCACGAGGAUCCCAUCGUCCAGCAGACGUCUCUAGGUGACCAGCAAUAUUCGGUGCCUCCUCCUGUCUAUGGCUGCCACACCCCCACGGACAGUUGCACGGGCAGCCAGGCUUUGCUCCUGAGGACCCCAUACAACAGUGACAAUUUAUACCAAAUGACCUCACAGCUUGAAUGCAUGACAUGGAAUCAAAUGAACUUGGGAUCUCAACUUAAGGGCCAUGCAACAGGAUAUGAAAGUGAUAACCAUGCAGGCCCUAUGUUAUACAGCUGUGGGGCCCAGUAUAGAAUACACACCCAUGGGGUCUUUAGAGGAAUACAGGAUGUGAGACGAGUACCUGGAGUAACUCCUAUGAUUGUUAGAUCAGCAGGUGACACAAACGAGAAAAGACCUUUCAUGUGUGAAUACCCUGGCUGCAAUAAACGAUAUUUCAAACUGUCUCAUCUGCAGAUGCAUGGAAGAAAGCACACAGGUGAAAAACCAUAUCAGUGUGACUUUAAGGACUGUGAACGAAGAUUUUCUCGUUCAGAUCAACUCAAACGACACCAAAGACGACAUACAGGUGUGAAACCCUUCCAGUGUAAAACCUGUCAGAGAAAGUUCUCCAGAUCUGACCACCUGAAGACUCACACCAGGACUCAUACAGGUAAAACAAGUGAAAAGCCUUUCAGUUGUCGGUGGCCCAGCUGUCAAAAAAAAUUUGCUCGGUCUGAUGAAUUGGUCCGUCAUCAUAAUAUGCACAACAGGAACAUGACUAAACUUCAACUUACACUUUAGAUGUUUCACACUGUCUGUACAAACCAGAUGGACCCUAUGAACUACUGCAAACAUUUCAACCAUUGUCUGUCGAGUCUUUAGGAAAUCUCAGAUGCCUUCAUAAUGCGGUUGAGACAAGUUAACUAAACUGUAGGAUAAUGUUCAGUAUCGGCCUCUGCUUGGAAUUUUGAACCUUCCUAUUCCAAAACCUCCAAUUUGUAACAUUAUUAUAUAAUUACAAGUUGACUAUGUUAUACUUUAAAUAUUACGAUAGACUUUAGCUAUGUAUAUUUGUUCUUUCCUUAAAAGGUUUUGUACUUUUUAUUUCUUACUUGAAAUUUGCAAGUGCAAGCUAGUGCUAUGUCAUACUCAUAUAUAAAUGAUUGGUAUGUUUGAAAGUCUGUUCCCUGUAUAUUGUGUGCUUAUUGCAAACACUGAAGUUUCAAAAUACUGCUGCAGUCCUGUAUAAAUAUUCCGUCAAUUUUAGUAAUCUUUGUACUGCCCAAAUGGGACAAUUUUAUAUCGUUCUGUGAAUCUUCAGUGUCAACCAUUCCAAUAUCUUGCUUGCAAUCCUCAGAGUUGUGGGUGCUCUAGUAGUUUCUUAUAUGAACAUGCAAUUCAUCUGGGGGUUGGAUGCACACUUUGAUGUACACCAGAGCCCCACAAUUCACAUAGGCUUGUGCAGUUCCCACAAUUGUUUAUACUGAAGAGAGGGAAAACAAAGGGAACAGUGUGGCUGGUUUCAGAAAGUCAAUAAAUAGAUGUAUAUGGGGGAGGCCAGGACCACACGCCUUUCCACAACCUGUGCAUGCUCAGUUUAAAGUCUGCACAGAACCUAUGAGCAUGUAAGUAUAUAUGAAUAGGCUUCUCUAUGUGCGAUCGGGAACCUUUGUUUUUCAGGAUUCCUGUUCAAGUGGAGAGAACCCUAUACAGUGGUAUAGUCAUAUGUGUUAUGCAGACUGGUAAUUGAAUGUGCCUUAGGCAGGAGCAACAUUUAAUGAGAGGUGCUUAUUGUCCUCCUAAGCAGCUGAGAUGUGAGUCACCUGACACCCAUAUUUAGGUGCCAGCCACCACUGAGCACAAUAUUUUUUUGCACCCCAAUGACUUGGUUUCUAACUGACUCCAGUGUCCUGCUAUUGGAGACCCUCUUUCUCCUCCCCUGUUGCCUUGAUGAAGGGCAAUAGAAAGAAGUGCUGGUAUAGUAUACAUGCAGUCUUCUAAGGAAGCUCAAACAAUAUAUUGCAUUGGACUUUCCCUUCCCAUAGGAGACUAUGAGAGAGAGACUAUGAGAGUGUGUACAAUCUGCAAGAUCACUAGCUUUGCUUCUAAAACUGGUAAAGUUAGAGGAACUGAUAUUUUUCUAUACUGAAGAUGAAAAUCUUGCAUUGAAGUUAACUUGUUUUAACACAAACAGCAUUAAUGUAGAGAAAAUGUAUCUUUUUUGUAUUUUGAAGCUGGUUUAAAUUUCAACUUUUUAAUGUUAAAUAUUCCACUUUGAGAUACAGAUCCUCACACAAAGUAAAGUCAGUAUCAUUGUAAAUGUUUAGGAUUUGUUUAACAUGCAGCCAUGCUGGUUAUAUGGCUAGCGAAAUGUGUAAAAUAAAGUUAAAGUUGAACUCAAGAAGAGGCUGGUCCAGAAUUUCCAUUAACAUAUGGCUCUUAAGCUACACAAAUAGCUCUUAAGUGACUUGAACGUCUUCUCAUUUACAAUUAUAUGUGCAAAAAUAAAUGCCCAAUGUGAGGAAAUAUAUUAUUUCAGGGUUUAGGGGUUAUUAUUUACGAUUAAUUGUUUGAAGUGGUGUAUAUAUGUCUAUAAAUAUAUAUCUAAUAAUGUAUUGCUCUUAAACAAUUAAAAUUAGAAAGUGAACAAACAUAAUUUAGAUGCAUCAUGGUUCAGAUGUUGCUACAAGCUAUUGAUACCACAAAGACUGUAACCUGCAUUUUUCACUGAGCUUUCAAUUAAAGACCAUUUAA